UUCACGUGCGUAAAGCUUAACCCACAACCCUUUCUAUUUAUCCUGAUUUUUUUUUUUUUUUUUUUUUUUUUAAAUCAGAAAUAACAACUUAUUUUAAUACAACCACGUGUGUUGACGCACAAUUCUGAGAGUGAUAACGUACAAGUGGCACGCAGGCUAUCCCACAUGUCAGUGUCGCUGGGGGAUUGGGGAGAUGGCCCCACGGUGACUGUGGGUGGUGCAUUUACUAGGAGCCAUUCAGGCAGCCACUGACCUGAGUCAGUCGGACCCUCUGCUCAAACACUGAACGGGAAGGCUGGAAUAUCAAUGCACACAAUCAACGUAAACUUCUGAGUCAUGUCUACAGGCGGACUUGUCAGGAUGCUCUACAUUUAACGGGCACACAGGCUGCGCCGACUGAGUACUUCUCUCCGUAUUUGCACCUGGCUGAAAUUAUGUUCCCACAAAUUUUCUUUUUGUGUGAGAUAUUAUUCAGCACCAUGCAUACCGCGUCAUCUCUACAACUGCAACUUGGCAUGCCAAAUGUUUGUGCUGACCAGGAGAUGUCCAUGCUGGGGGGCCCUCAGCCAUGUGUCCAGGCUUUUACUCGAACAGUGAAGGUGUGGAAGCAGGGCUGCACCGGCCACCGAUGGUGUAUGGGCUAUGAGAGGAGGACGGCAUACUACACAGCAUACAGGCAGGUGUACAGCAUGGAUUUGCACACAGUGUAUAAGUGCUGCCCUGGCUGGACUCAGAGGGGUGAAGAGAUGGGCUGUCUGCACAGAGUGUGCCGUGCUAAUACUUGUUUCAAUGGAGGGAGAUGUUCAGAGACUGGAGAUCAUGUAUGUCAGUGUCUACUGGGCUUUAAAGGGACACAGUGCCAGCACGAUGUUAACGAAUGUGAAGUGGGUGAAGGCGGCUGUGAGGGGUACUGUUGCAACACCAUUGGCAGCUACUACUGCAAAUGUCCUGAAGGCAGUAGACUGGGGCCAGAUGGCAAGGCCUGUCACGACGUAAAUGAGUGCGAGGAACUCAACGGAGGAUGCCAACAAACAUGUGUCAACACACCAGGCUCUUACCACUGUGAGUGCAGUGAAGGAUUCCGCAUGCACAACGACGGUCGGACCUGUAUCGCUGUGAAGUCUUGUGCGGUGCUGAAUGGUGGAUGUGAACACAGGUGUGUGGACAUGGGGAACAACCGCUACAAAUGUGAAUGUCGUAAGAACUACCAGCUAAGGAGAGAUGGGAGGCACUGUAAAUUGAGAGACCCCUGUGAGGAGAGGAACGGAGGCUGUGAGCAGCUGUGUGUUCCUGAGGACGGCCGAGUUCACUGCAGCUGCAGACCUGGUUUUACUCUGGCUGGAGAUGGCAAGAAGUGUGAAGACAUUGAUGAGUGCAGUUCCAGCCUCGCCAAGUGCUCCCACGGUUGUGUCAACAUGCUGGGUUCCUUUAGCUGCGUGUGUCAUCCGGGUUUUGAACUCGGUGCUGAUGGCAAACAGUGCUACCGCAUUGAGAUGGAGAUUGUGAACAGCUGUGAGAAGAACAAUGGAGGUUGCUCUCAUCAUUGUGAACACACCACCAAUGGUCCGCUCUGCUCUUGCAACCAUGGCUAUCAGCUGGACCAAGACAGGAAGACCUGUGUAGACAGUAAUGAGUGCAUCAGUGAGGAGUCCUGCUGCAGCCACUUCUGUAGAAACUACCCAGGCGGCUAUGAGUGCAGCUGCAGAGCUGGCCACAGACUAAACCCAGAUGGCUGCGGCUGCGAUGACGUCGAUGAGUGCCUGGCAGAGACCUCAGGCUGUGAACACUACUGCGUCAACACCCUGGGAACAUAUGAGUGUUUUUGUAGACUGGGAUUCCGCUUGGAUCAGGACCAGCACUCAUGCAUCUCUCUGUACGGCAGAGAUCUGGAGGAGGAAGAGGAAUAUGAGGAAGAGGAGGAGGAGCAGCUGGAAGAUGACAGAUUACCAGACCUACUGUUCCUUAGGGCUCCUCAGCUCCUGCAGUACACAGCAGCCCUGCACUCCCGUUAUGACGGCGGUGAUGAUGAUGAUGAUGAUGUUGACAGUAGUCAUACUGGUGACAAUGAAAAAGAAUUAGAGAUCCAGAGAGAGCGAAGGGGUGAGCUUAGACUGGACAGCCACAUAGUGUGUCUAGAUGGCUCAUUUGGGGAUGAGUGCAGUGUGAGCUGUGAAGACUGUGCAAAUGGAGCGUGCAGUGAAAACAGAGACCGAUGUGAUUGUUCACCCGGCUGGACGGGGCUCAUCUGCAAUGAGACUUGUCCACAGGGGAGCUAUGGGCAGGCCUGUAACGGUCUGUGCCGCUGUCAGAAUGGAGGCUCGUGUGAACCUGUCACUGGGAAGUGUUUGUGCCCCCUCGGGGUACAUGGCCUGUUCUGCGAGGAUGGUUGCCCAAAUGGUUAUUUCGGGAGGCACUGUAAAAGAAAGUGCAACUGCCCCAACAAUGGACACUGUCACCGUCUGUACGGGGCCUGCUUCUGCUCUCCGGGAUUGUAUGGUCGUUUUUGUCACCUAGCUUGUCCCAGGUGGACGCACGGCGCAGGCUGUUCCAAGGAAUGUGACUGUGUUCAAGAACAUUCCACUGGCUGUGACCCCAAGACAGGGAGCUGUUUCUGUAAGGCUGCAUACCAUGGGCCACACUGUGAGAAAGAGUGUGAUCCAGGCUACUUCGGCGCAGGUUGUGAGCAGACAUGUGACUGUCCAGGUGGAGGGUCAUGUGACCCGGCAACCGGAGAGUGCAGCCAGCGAUGUCCCGCAGGCCUUCAUGGACAUAAAUGUCAGCUGGGUGAGACAUCGGAAAUCAUUUCAACCUGCCAAGCUGGAAGUCAUGGGGAGAACUGCCGUCUGACCUGUGACUGCAGAGGAGGACCUUGUGACCCCAUAACUGGACAGUGCAUCUGUCCUGCUGGGAAAACGGGGCACUCAUGCCAGGAAGACUGCCCUGAUGGAUUCUGGGGGUUAAAGUGUCGGUCUUCUUGUCCUGACUGUGAGAACGGGGGCACUUGCGACAAGCAGGGUGGCACGUGUGACUGCAAGCCAGGCUUCAUUGGAAACCUCUGCCAGCAUGAGUGUCCGGCAGGGUACUAUGGACCAGGCUGUCUAACACGUUGUUCUUGCCGCCCUGAUGCCAGCUGUGACCCACAGAGUGGACACUGCAUCUGCCCUCCUGGCAAAAGAGGCCAUGACUGUGCAGCAUCAUGUGAACCUGGCUUCUGGGGCCAAGGGUGCACGACUGAAUGCCAGUGCCAGGACAGCUCCCUGGGCUGUGAUCCAGUCAGUGGUCAGUGUGUGUGUGAGUCUGGCUUCACGGGAGAGCGCUGUGAAAAGAAGUGUGGGGAAGGCAGGUAUGGUCAGGACUGUUUACAACAGUGCCAGUGUCAGAAUGGAGCCCUGUGUGACCAUGUGAGUGGAGCCUGUACAUGCUCCCCUGGAUACGCCGGCACUUUCUGUGAAAAACUGUGCCCGGACGGCUUUUACGGUCUUGACUGCGGCCAGAUGUGCGAGUGCAGGAACGGUGCCCGCUGCCACCACAUCACAGGAGCCUGCCUAUGCACCGCCGGCUGGGCAGGACCACACUGCAUUCUGGAAUGUCCCGAGGGUCGUUUUGGAGAGCAGUGCAGUCAGACCUGCGAGUGUCAGAACGGAGGCGGGUGCGACCACGUCACCGGACGAUGCAGCUGCGCGGCCGGCUGGACCGGAGACAGGUGCCAACUGCCCUGUCCUGUAGGACAAUAUGGGGAGCACUGCUCUGGACAAUGUCUGUGUCAAAACGGAGGCUCCUGUAAUAGUGUGAGUGGCCGGUGUUCCUGCCCACCAGGAUGGACCGGAGCUGCUUGUGAAUUAGAGUGUGAAGAAGGACGUCAUGGAGAGGACUGCGCUCAGGCCUGCAGCUGCACGAACGGAGGGAGAUGUGACAGAGUGACAGGGAAAUGUGUGUGUGUGCCUGGCUGGAUCGGAGAGCUCUGUCAGUCAGCCUGUUCUGAGAGAUUCUUCGGAGAGGGCUGUACGCAGAGGUGUGACUGCGUCCAUAGUUCGAGUUGCCACCAUGUGACGGGCCGCUGUGAGUGCGAGCCAGGCUGGAGGGGAGCCAGGUGUGACAAAUCUUGCCUCCCGGGGUUCUACGGGGCUUCCUGUGCCCAGAGGUGUCAGUGCCAGGCUGGAGUGUCCUGCCACCAUGAGACAGGGAGCUGUGGCUGCCCGCCUGGACUCACAGGGCCUGGCUGCGAGAAAACCUGCCCUCCUGGCAUGUUUGGACCAAACUGCAGUCAGCUGUGUCGAUGUUCUGGAGACCAGGAGCAGUGCCAUCCUGUGACGGGUAAAUGUAGCUGCUUACCUGGCUACUAUGGGACGCGCUGUGAGCUACGAUGCCGAGCGGGGACUUUUGGGCCAAACUGCAAGUCCAGGUGCAGCUGCAUCAAUGGUGGUCGGUGCGACUUCAGGACUGGAACUUGCUACUGUCCUCCUGGCUACAUUGGAACUGACUGCAGCUUGAGUUGUCCAAGUGGGUACUAUGGGAAGGACUGUGCUAAGCUGUGCUCCUGUGGUGAAGGAGGUCAGUGCCACCCAGCAACGGGCAGGUGUAUCUGUGGCCCUGGUAGGAUGGGACAGUCCUGCCAACAAGCAUGUCCGAGGGGGCGCUACGGCCCUCAGUGCAGACACACGUGCAGCUGUCAGAAUGGGGCUUUGUGUGACCCUGUUGAUGGGUCCUGUAAGUGUGGACUGGGCUGGACCGGACGUCACUGCAGCACUGCCUGUUCACAGGGAAAAUAUGGGCUCCAAUGUGCACAAGACUGUUCAUGUCUUAACAAUGGGACCUGCAACCGUUUCACUGGCAGCUGCAGCUGUACUGCUGGAUACUAUGGCCCCUCCUGUCAACACAAUUGUCCUCCUGGUUAUUUUGGAGUUAACUGUGCCCAUACCUGUGACUGUAAGGUGGGGCAAGCAUGUGACCAUGUCACAGGUCAAUGUCUGUGUCCACCUGGAUACUAUGGCCCACAGUGCCAAAGACGAUGUGAAGCCGGCAGCUUUGGAUUGAGUUGUGCAAAGUCAUGCGACUGCGUCGGUGAGGCCCCGUGUGACCCAUCGACAGGACGGUGCCUCUGCCCCCCAGGAAAGACGGGCCAGAGAUGUGAAGAAAGCUGUGGUGGAGAGCGUUUUGGCCCCGGCUGCUCCCUGCCGUGCCAGUGUUCCCACAGGGCCCACUGUGACGGGGUGAACGGGCGAUGCCAGUGCCCGCUCACCUGGCUCGGCCCGACUUGUAGCGAAGCCCUGCUGCACCAAACCCCAGGAGCACUGAACUCCUCCGCAUCCCAGAGAAAGAGAAGAGCGGGCAGCAAAACCACAUAACCCAAGCAGAGGUGCAAACGGCUGCCUGGACUUGGCUCAGUGAGGCAUUACUCAGAUCAUCUUGGUAAAGGUGAUGUUAGCAUUAAUACGUUCUGUGAACUUGGUACUCAGCUGUCAGAAAACUGGCAGUCCAUCACUAAGCCUGAAGCUCGAGACAAUCGACCAGAGGGCCGGGCAUGUGAGAGGCCUUCAAAGGACCAUAAACUCCAACUUACCCCAGUCUGUCUGAGAUUUCAACUCCAGACUUACACGGGCUUCUUAGCAAUACACACCAAAAAUACCUGCAUCCCAUUUGUUACCAGCGCUGAUUGAAAGUGGAUCAUUUUCUUUCCAGUUUGACAUUUAUUGUGUUGUGAAAGGUUAAGUUUCCUAAGUGCAUUUCGAUAAGACGCGAGGACCUCAGCAGCCACUGCCAGCAUUUUUAUUUUUGUGUGUGUCCAUAAAAAAACUCUACACUUUGCAUAAAAGAAUGCCAAGCAUAUUUCUGGUUAAAAUUAAAUGUCUAAGACAUAUUUAGAAAUAUACGAGUAACAAUAUUCACUUAUUCCAAAAAGUAAAACACCAACUUGUCCAGAGACAGAACAUGCAAGAUACAAAAAUAAGAUCCAGAGCAGAACGGAUUAUUAUGUAUUUUAUAGUGACCAGCUAAACACUGAAAUGAGUCUAUGUCAUGAACAGAAAAACAAAACUAAACAUAUCACUUACAUAUUUCGUAUUUGUCGGGUUUUGAGAUACAUUUUCAUGUUUUCUAUUUUUAAAGAUGCAUUCUUUGAGAAAAGCCAUGAUUUCCUAAAUGAUAAAAGAUUAUUACAAGCUUUAAUGUGGGAAACCACAAUCAUCUGAAACACGCCUUGACUUAUUGUGCUGCCUUUACUCCCACACCUUAAUGUGACACAUCAGCAGUAUUACAAACACAAGUCCAGUGUGCUGGUUGCACAACACUGCAUGCAAACCUCUUCACUUCUGUGUUCAUGGAGUUAGCUGCUGCUGGUGAUUUCAUGUGGGACUCCAUUCAAGAUAAGAUCACAUGUUUUUUUUGUUGUUUUUUUUUUGCCCAAACUGUAUUGUAUCAUCUCUCAGGUCUGUGCCAGUCAUACCACUUGUCACCUACUGUGUUCACUUCCUGGCAUAUUUGUGGUGCUACAUUGUAUAAAAUUGAUAUUUUCAGUCAUUUUCAUUUCGUGGAUGUGUCUUUUUCAUCCGCGGUCGUGUCUCGAGCGGAAAAGGAGAGAAAGAGCCAUGGGCCGAAUAAAUAACAACAGCCACAUCUA